AUGUCCACUUACAAAUGUAUAUUUAGUGUUUAAUAUAUGUCAAUUUACAAAUGCUUAUCGACAAUCAUUACUUUAUUUUCUAUAUAUUGUAGGUACAAUUAAUUUGAAGAUUGUUAUCGGAUAAUUGUACGUUGUCGGCUUAUAUAACCAGAAAGGGCGUUUAAUUACAGGUUCGCCACUUCCGAAAACAAUUUCGAUUGGCGCUGAUUCAAAAAUAAUAAUUAAAUUAUCUUUGCUAUAUAAAUAGCGUUAGAAGUUACACAAAUUAAAAUUUCAGGUCGGGGUUUUCUAUUCCCAAGAUGAGCCAGCAACUAUUUGGAAUAUGGCAGCUUUUAAUCCUAAUGGCAUUUAUCGACAACUCUAUGGAAAUUAACUACGAGUUUACAAUGGAGGAUGAGCGAAUUACCAGCGAUUGUCAAGACGAAGCAGCCGGAACACUCAACAUUGAUGGGUUGUUCGACUGGUCAAAUGCAACCUUUGAAAUGGCUGAAGAAGGAGUGACACUUUCGGGUUCGAAAACCGUCGUGUGGGAUAUUCAGCCAUCAGACCGAGUUGAGCUACUGGGAAGCCUUUACUACUUCGAUCGUGGCACCUGGCAACCGACCACGCUGAACAUGGUAAUCAAGGACUUUUGCAGCGUUAUGUUCGACAAGAACCAGGUGUGGUACGAUGCAUAUAGUAAGCAUAUAGCCAAUUCCGCAGACGUUAAGGAUAGCUGCUAUAGAGUCAAAGGAAGUGUGAUUCAUUUUGAAACCUAUACGAUCAACUUGGAAUUCGGCAGUGGAGUGCCUUUCCAAAAAGGCCGAUAUGCAAUCCGUUUAAAGUUCAGGGCAUUUGAUAAAAAUGGAAAGAUUCGGUCAAAUGAAAUUUGUUUUGAAAUUAAGGGUCAUUUCUUAAAAAAAUCAGGUUGGAUGAAAUGAAACAAUAAAGCGCUCGUUUGAU